AUGAAAAAGUUGUUCUUAUAUAAUUUGGAACAACCGGGGGAGCGUAACAAUGUGUCAGGUGUCAGACUUUGGCAUUGUGCAGGAGCAACAGCUCUGAAUGAUGCCCUCGAUCGAGCUGCAAAAACAUAUCAAAACACAGGAAAGCUUCAACGGAAUGAACUACUGAUUGCUCAUCUGGACGAUGAUGAUACUUGGCAUCCAUAUCAUCUGCAGAACUUAGUUGAUAUUUAUCAUCGCUUUCCGUCCGUGCAUUUUGCUUGGAGUAAAGGCUAUUUUUGUGCAUCACGUGCAGGUGCCAUCAAAUAUCCGUACACACAAUUACCUGACACCGUAAAUAACAUGCCACCGACAAGUGGAAUGACAUUACACUCGACAGUUUCAUGGAAGAUGAAGACCUUUCUCUCUUUUCGUUAUCGGAGGGAUUGGGAGUUUGUAAAUGAAUCCUAUCAACCUGCUGAUGGGGAUAUGUGGCAGCGGAUGUCCCAUUUCAUGAGAGCAAAUAACAUAAGCUACUAUCAUACGUCUCUUACUACUGUCGAACAUUUGGAAGAAGGAGGAUCAAAGCCUUGCACUAAAGCAGACAAUGAGUCAGUCUGGUACCCAGAUCAAUUAUUCAUGAAGAACGAAAAGAUAUAA